UUUUGCCACCGAUGGCGCCACUCAUCACUCACAUUGUAAACAAACAUUAACAUCGAGGUUAUAUUAAAGACUGCGAAAUAUACUCGUAAUUUAUAUUAUGAAAAUCGUUUCCUACAAGUAUUUACUAAGGUGAAUAUAAUAUUUUUGAUUAUAAAGGAAACAUGCCACGUUGUUUUGUGUAAAUUAAGAAAAAGCAAAAAUGUUAUUACGUAAAAGAGAAUGUAUUUUUGUGAAAAAGUUUUAUAAUAAUAUACAGAAUUGGUAUCAAUUACGACACACCUCUACAAAUCUGUCGGAAUGGAAACCUACAAUAGGAUUGGAGAUACAUGCACAGAUUGCAACAAAAUCAAAAUUAUUUUCUGGAGCUUCUACAAACUUCCAGAGUCCGAUUAAUUCUUGCGUUUCACUUUUUGACUGUGCAAUGCCAGGAACAAUGCCGGUGUUAAAUAAAAAGUGUGUAGAAGCUGGAGUAUUAACUGCUUUGGCAUUGUCAUGUAAAGUAAACGAUGUCUCAAUGUUUGAAAGAAAACACUAUUUCUAUCCAGAUUUACCUGCAGGAUAUCAAAUUACGCAACACAAGAAUCCCUUGGCUGUUAAUGGAGAAAUUGAAUUUAUGGUAUUUAAUCCAGGAGUACACAAGAAACCCUACAUGAAAUCAUCUAAACUUAAACAAAUACAAUUAGAGCAAGAUAGUGGAAGAAGUUUCCAUUUUGAAGAUAUUGGAAAGAAUUUAAUUGAUCUUAAUCGUGCUGGGAUACCUUUGAUAGAAUUAGUGUUUGAACCAGAUCUAUCGGAUGGAGAGGAAGCAGCAGCACUUGUAAAAGAACUCUGUUUAAUUUUACAAAUGCUAGAAACAUGUUCGUGUAAAAUGGAAGAGGGGUCAUUACGAGUUGAUGCAAAUGUUUCUAUAAGUAAACACAAUGCGCCUUUAGGCACACGUACAGAAUUAAAAAAUAUUGGAAGUACGCGUGCAGUCAGUAAUGCCAUUGAUUAUGAAAUACGGAGACAGAUUUCAAUUUUAGAAGCAGGAGGUAAAAUUACCAAUGAGACUCGCGCAUGGGAUCCAGCACAUAAAAAAACAAUUCUUAUGCGUGAAAAAGAAGAUAACCACGAUUAUCGCUUUAUGCCUGAACCAAAUUUGCUUCCUUUACGUUUACACGUUAAUGAAAGUAUAGAAAAUAAGUAUAAUUUAAUUGAUGUUUCGUCAUUGAAAAAAUAUUUACCUGAACUACCAGGACAAAUAAGAGAGAAAAUGAUGAAAGAUUUAUGCGUUACACCCAAUUUAACGAUAGCAAUAAUGAGUGAUUUGGAAUUAUUGAAUCUGUAUCUUGACAUAUUGAAAGGAGGUAAAGAUCGUAACGCUCAAACGGUAGCUCAGAUUCUUAUGAGCGAAGUUUUGGCUUUUCUAAAUCGCCAUAAAUUGGAACUUAAAUUUUGUACAAACAAUCGACACUACAUCGAAGAGAUAAUCGAUUUAUUCCAGGCCAAGGUAAUAAAUUUUAUAAUAAUAAGGAAGUUAUUAGACAAAUGGCCCAGUGAACUCGAAAAAAUGCCAACGCAGAUUAUUAGAGAAAACGAUUGGUAUUCCAUAUCGGAUCAAAAAGAAUUGGAAAAAAUAUGUUUAGAAACACUUGAAAAAUAUCCUAAGCUUGUUAAAAAAUACAAGGCUGGAAACACCAAAGUAUAUAAAAAAAUUCUGCACGAAGUAGUCAAAAUUACAAAUGAGCGUGCAGACAUGGCUGAAGCAACAAAAAUUCUUACGAGACUACUGAGUUAAUAUUUCGAAAUGAAAUAUAUGGAACAUUUUGAAUAAGAAGUCUAUUAAUAAUUGGAUGCAUCUAUUUUUUUUUUUUUUUUUAAGUAUAUUUACACAUCUCCACAUUUAAAAUAUCAUAUAAAACAUGUAAUCAAUUUUUUCUAGCAUUUACCUUUAUAAAUCGUAAUUACAAAUACAAAACCAAAUGAGAAAUAAAUAUUUAUAGUUUAACAAACCGGAGACUAGAGUACUCUCAGUCUCCUCUGUAACUUCAAAAUUUACUCUAAACCAGCACAAAUUGUUAUUUUUAACGGUGUUAAUUACAUUAUAAAAUAUUUCACAAAAACAUCAGACCAUAUUCAAUGACUGUUUCAUCUACAUAAUACCUGAGGGUGGGACAUGUUCAUUAAAGUAGUACAAAAUAUGAUAACAGGAACAAUCUUCAUCGUGUCAACGAUGUGCUGUUUAAGAUUCAUUUGUUUCGUAUUAUCUUAUUCCACUCCAUUAAGAAACAGUAAA